GUCCAUUGAUGGCUCUAGCAACGCCUAUUUGUACGCAGUACAAGAAAUUUCAGAUUUUUUUUCUAUUAUUGUAUCACUAUUCAACUUUUCCGUUUUACCCUAAAUAUGAAAUCCUGCGUCCGCCUCUGGUUUUCGUUAUCAGCUACGGGCUACGCCUCAAACCCAUAAACAAACAAGUAAACGUAAGAGCAAACGUAAGAAAUUUCUGGAAUUGGUGUUAUCACAUACAACAACAACCAUCCAAACUAUAUUUCGAAAUCCCAUCCACCCCUUUAACCUAACUACUCAUAAAUGCUCACCUUUUUCCAUCUUCCCUCCUUAACUACCCUCCUUCCCAACUCUCUUUCCCUCCCCCCUAUAUAUUAUUCACACAUACGGAUCAUACCUCUAUAUCCAUACACACCAUAUUCCCUCUUUCUCUUUCUCCCUCUCUCUCUCACAUUAAAGCAACCAUUCACAGCUCACAAAACACAGCGGCCUGCCAGCUACUCUACACACCUUUUCUCUCCCGGAUCAAAAUGGCGCCCGCAGCGGUUGAUUUUGAUGGAUCUUCGUCUUCAUCGAAGACAGUUUGUGUAAUGGAUGCUGGUGGAAGUUUAGGAUCUGCACUUGUGCAUCGUCUUCUUCAAAGGGGUUACUUCGUUCAUGCUGCAAUUAACAGUCAUGUGGAGAUGCAAUCUAUGGAGAGAACGAUUGUUGACAAGAAGAAAUUGAGAGUGUUUUACACAGACCCAUUGGAUUAUCACAGUAUAGUAGAGGCUUUGGAAGGAUGUUGCGGAUUGUUUUACUCAUUUGAACCUCCAUCGGAUCAGCCUUCUUAUGAUGAAUUGAUGACGGAAAUGGAGGUAAGAGCAGCUCAUAACGUGUUGGAAGCGUGUGCUCAAACCGACACCAUUGACAAAGUGGUGUUUACUUCAUCUGCGACUGCCUCAAUUUGGAGAGACCCAACUGAUUCAUCAUCUUCUUCGCCUGAUUUUGAUGAACGAAAUUGGAGCAAUGUCAAUUUCUGCAAGAAAUUCAAGUUAUGGCACGGAUUAUCAAAAACAUUAGCUGAAAAGACUGCGUGGGCCCUAGCCAUGGACCGAGGGGUAAGCAUGGUGUCCAUAAACGCUGGAUUACUGUUGAGCCCUGAUCUCACGAUCACACACCCGUACUUAAAAGGCGCAGCCGAGAUGUACAAAGAUGGGAUUUUUGUUACGGUUGACCUCAAAUUUUUGGUAGAUUCUCACAUUUGUGUUUUCGAAGAAAGUUCGGCUUAUGGUCGAUAUUUGUGCUUUAACCAUGUCAUCAACUCCAAUGAGGAUGCUAUGAAGCUAGCACAAAUCCUAUUACCUUCUGAUGUCUCUUCACUUCCACCAAGUAUGAUGGUGGGGGAGAGCAUGAUGGUGUCACAAAGAAUAAGUAACAAGAAGAUCAACAAACUCAUGGUUGACUUUGAGAGUGAAUGUCAUAUUUGACAUAGAAGAUUGGACAAAUUAUAGAUUAGAUCGGGAUAGAUGAUUUAAUCAAGGGAUAAAACAAAUUAAAAGUGCACAUGAUAUGGGUUAUAAUAUCCAAACCCCAUUUAAGCUUAUAUAUAUAGUUUAAUAUUCUUUUAUAAUGCAUUAUCUUCACUUGAUGAUCAAGAUCAAGAAAGAUUAUGCAAUCUUUUUGUGGGAAAUGAUCUCAAAAUAUAUAUGCAAAUGGAUUUUGUGUCGAAA